AUUCAUUGGAUGACAACUCGGCUAAAAUUAAUGUCGGUGUCGUGUUUAAUGUGAGCCAGUGUUAUUAAUUUUAAGGAAAAUUAGUUUUUAGAAACAACCAUGGAUAGGUUAAUUAAUCUCACCAACAUUAGGUCUAGUUUUUUCACAGUUUUAAUGGUUGUUUAUAUGUUUUAUAAUCCAACAGACAGUGGUGCAGUUACUUUAACGCAACAAAAUGUUGAUAUGACAUUAGCCUCCAAUGAAUUAGUGUUCAUAAACUUUUACGCUGACUGGUGUAGGUUUAGUAACUUAUUAAUGCCCAUAUUUGAUGAAGCAGCUGAUGCUGUAGCCAAAGAAUUCCCUGAACAGGGUAAAGUUGUAAUGGGCAAAGUGGACUGUGAUAAAGAGACUUCAAUAGCCACUCGAUUUCAUAUUACCAAAUACCCCACACUGAAAGUCAUUAGAAAUGGGCAACCUGCCAAAAGGGAAUACAGAGGUCAGAGAUCAGUUGAAGCCUUCACUAGUUUUAUUAAGAAACAACUUGAGGAUCCAAUCAAGGAGUUCCACAACUUAAAUGAACUCCUGAAUUUAGAGUCAAAUAAAAGGAUUAUUAUUGGUUAUUUCGACCGCCGUGACCAGCCCGAAUACAACAUCUUCAGAAGGGUAGCCACCAAUCUGAAAGACGACUGCCAAUUUCACGUCGGCUUCGAGGAUGCGUCACGACAAAUGCAUCCGCCCGGUCAGCCUGUCGUGGUCUUCCGACCGGACAAGGACCGUUCCAACGACCUGGACGAAACGUACAACGGCAGCCUGAGCAAUUUCGAUGAGCUGCACAUCUGGAUCGCGGAGAAAUGCGUGCCCCUAGUGCGGGAGAUCACGUUCGAGAACGCUGAAGAACUGACGGAAGAAGGACUGCCCUUCCUCAUCCUGUUCCACUCGCCCGACGACAAGGAGAGCAUCAAGAGGUACAACGAAAUCGUGCAGACCGAUCUUCUGUCCGAAAAACAGUCCAUAAACUUCUUAACGGCAGACGGCAACAAAUUCGCGCAUCCUUUACAUCACCUGGGCAAAAGUGAAAAAGACCUGCCGUUGAUAGCAAUAGACAGCUUCAGGCACAUGUACCUGUUCCCCAACUACAAGGACAUCGAAAAACCCGGCAAACUGAAACAGUUCAUUCAGGAUUUGUAUUCCGGCAAGUUACACAGAGAAUUCCAUUACGGUCCCGAUCCGGAUCAAGAAGAGAACAGUGUUCUCCCGACCACACCACCGGAAAGUACUUUCAAGAAACUGGCGCCCUCGAAGAACAGGUACACUCUUUUGAGGGAUGAGCUGUAGAUUGGGGCAGUGAUUAGUUUAAUGAUUUUAAUUCGAGCUAGUGCAAAUCUAAAUAUUUAUAAAUAUUUAUGUGAAAGUGAACGAUUCGAUUAUGGUGGUUUCAUCAUAAAAAUAUUGCAAAAAAAUAUAGGGAUUUUAAUCAAUUUAAAUAUAAGGAACACGGAAACGUCCCAAUUUUUUGUAACGUCUAUUAAACUACAAUUGUUGCCGUGUUUUUCUCAAAACUGUUAACCUCCUAGUGUAGUGGAUCUUUUUAAAAAUAUUAGGCUUCCUUUAUAAAUCACUUUUUUGAGUUGUAAAUAUUAUUUUUGAAUUGUAUUAUAACAUGGAAUUAUUGAUUUGUACAUAAAUUUGUCAUAGUAUUAUUUUUUGCAAUAAAAACUAAUUUUUACUGA